GAAAAAGGUCCCACUCGGAUUCAACUCCCCACCCGUAAGCACAAUAACUCUCUGUUCUUUCUUGUUGCUGCUUCCUCAACUCCUCCUCCCUAUCUCUCCUGAAUCGGCGAUCUUCGGGGAGAGAGGGAGAAGAUCUGCGAUACCCAUCGAAUUUCAGAAUCUGGGUUCAAUUCCAAUCGAAUUUUCCCAAGAUGAGCUCCAGUUUCGGUGCUUCCGGUUUGGUUCGUUACCUGGAGUCAGCUUUGGGAAUCUCUCUGGGGGACUCGGUGUCGGACGACGCCGCGCUCGUGAUCGCCACAACGUCGUUGGCGGUGAUUGUGGGAUUUGCGGUAUUGCUAUGGAGGAAGACGGCGGCGGAUCGGAGCCGGGAGAUGAAGCCGGUGACGGUUCCCCAAUCUCUGAUGGCGAAGGAUGAAGAUGAUGAUUUGGAUAUGGGAUCCGGGAAGACCAGAGUAACUAUCUUCUUCGGCACUCAGACCGGAACAGCCGAGGGAUUUGCUAAGGCAUUGACGGAAGAAAUCAAGGCGAGAUAUGAAAAAGCAGCUGUCAAAGUUGUUGAUAUGGAUGACUAUGCUGCAGAUGAUGACCAAUACGCAGAGAAACUGAAAAAAGAAACUUUGGCCUUUUUCAUCAUUGCUACUUAUGGAGAUGGAGAGCCUACUGAUAAUGCUGCGAGGUUCUAUAAAUGGUUUACAGAGGGAAAUGAAAGGGGGGCAUGGCUUCAACAGCUAACGUAUGGUGUUUUUGGUCUUGGUAAUCGUCAGUAUGAGCAUUUCAAUAAGAUAGGGAAAGUUCUGGACGAGCAACUCUCUGAACAAGGUGCAAAACGUCUUGUUCAAGUUGGUCUAGGAGAUGAUGAUCAGAGCAUUGAGGAUGAUUUUAAUGCCUGGAAAGAGGCAUUAUGGCCUGAGCUAGAUAAGCUCCUCAGAGAUGAAGAUGAUACAAGUGUUGUAUCCACUUAUACAGCUGCUAUUCCUGAAUAUCGAGUAUUUUUUUAUGAUCCUGCUGUUUCUCCCGAGGAAGAUAGUUCCUCAAGCAUGCAAAAUGGAAGCUCUGUUGCUGACAUUCAUCAUCCCUUCAGAGUGAAUGUUGCAGUGCAGAAGGAGCUGCACAAACCCGAGUCUGAUCGGUCUUGUAUUCAUCUCGAGUUCGACAUUUCAGGGACUGGUAUUACAUAUGAAACAGGAGACCAUGUUGGUGUUUAUGCUGAAAAUCAUGUUGAAACUGUUGGAGAAGCUGGGAAGUUGCUGGGCCAGUCUCUAGAUUUGUUAUUCUCUGUCCAUGCUGACAAGGAAGAUGGAUCGCCCAUGGGAAGCUCAUUGCCACCCCCUUUUCCUGGUCCCUGCACACUGCAUACUGCUUUGGCACGUUAUGCUGACCUCUUGAACCCUCCUCGAAAGGCUGCUUUGAUUGCCUUGGCAGCAUAUGCUACUGAACCAAGUGAAGCAGAGAAACUGAAACACUUAACAUCUCCUGAUGGAAAGGAUGAAUACGCGCAAUGGAUCGUUGCAAGUCAGAGAAGUCUUCUAGAGGUGAUGGCUGCAUUUCCAUCUGCAAAGCCCCCUUUAGGUGUAUUUUUUGCUGCAGUAGCUCCUCGUCUACAACCUCGUUAUUAUUCUAUCUCCUCUUCACCAAGAGUUGCACCCAAUAGGGUUCAUGUUACUUGUGCCCUAGUCCAUGGUCCUACUCCGACUGGUAGAAUUCACAAGGGUGUGUGUUCGACGUGGAUGAAGAAUGCAACUCCUAGAGAGAAAAGUGAUGACUGUAGUGCAGCCCCGAUCUUCAUUCGAUCAUCUAACUUUAAGUUGCCAUCAAAUCCUUUAACUCCAAUAGUUAUGGUGGGACCUGGGACUGGCUUGGCACCUUUUAGAGGUUUCCUGCAGGAAAGGAUGGCACUGAAAGAAAAUGGAGUUCAACUAGGUCUAUCUUUGCUCUUUUUUGGGUGUAGAAACCGACGAAUGGACUUCAUUUAUGAGGAUGAGCUCUAUAAUUUUGUUGAUCAAGGCACCCUAUCUGAGUUCGUUGUAGCAUUUUCUCGGGAGGGCCCACAGAAAGAGUAUGUUCAACAUAAAAUGACUGAAAAAGCAGCAGAAGUUUGGAAGCUGAUAAAGGAAGGAUAUCUCUAUGUUUGCGGUGAUGCCAAGGGUAUGGCAAGAGACGUCCACCGGACUCUACAUACCAUUGUUCAGGAGCAGGAGGGGGUGAGUUCAUCAGAGGCAGAGGCUAUAGUUAAGAAACUUCAAAACGAAGGACGGUACCUCCGAGAUGUCUGGUGAUGGGUUUCCUUAUGGUUUCCCCCAAAGCUCUCCUUUGUUCCCCAAACUAGUGAUGGGUUCAUUCGCUUCAGUGGGCUUAUUUGGCUGAUCGAUUUAUCUCAUUCUGGAUAUGGAGCAUCUGAUUUUUGUUAGAACUCCUCAUACC